AUGACAGAACAAAUCAGAAAUUUAUUAGAAAAUAUGUUUUAUGUGAGGACAGCGAACAGUAAAAACAAAUUUACAAAGCAAAAAAUAUAUGAUGAACUAUUGAAACGGGUUCAACAUGGUAAAUUUGAUCAAAGCAAUGUUUCAAAA